UCAGCGGUUUGGCAUCCGGGAUCCUCUUGUGACAGUCAGCUGAUCGCGUCGCGGCCAGGAUAUGCAAAAGCACUGAGCUCCGCUGACUGACAACAAGAGGUAGCCUACAUUUAUAGUUUUCUUUAAUCUGGCAGAAAUGGCCACACACCCACCCAAGUUAAAGACUGCGAUUACUGCCAGUGAAAGGCUGCAAAACUUGAAAAAUACUUUUGAAACAAAGUAUGGAAAAUCUCCUCUCUUCUAUGCAUGUGCACCUGGAAGGGUAAACCUAAUAGGAGAGCAUAUCGAUUAUUGUGGUUAUUCUGUUCUUCCGAUGGCUAUUGAACCGAACAUCCUCGCAGCCAUCUCAGUGAACGACUCAGGGAAGAUCACUCUGGCCAACACAAAUCCUCAGUACAAGGAUUUCACUGUGUCGUGUUCAGAGGACAUUGCCAUAGACAGAGAGAAUCCAAAGUGGCAUUAUUAUUUUCUCUGUGGAGUAAAAGGUAUUCAGGAGAAGUUUGGGAUUGCACAUUUAGCUGGGAUGUCAUGUGUCGUAGAUGGAACCAUUCCUCCGAGCUCUGGCCUGUCCAGUUCUAGUGCCUUAGUUUGUUGUGCCGGGCUUGUAACAAUGGAGGCAAAUCAAAAGUCCCUCACCAAGGUGGCGCUGGCUGAGAUAUGUGCCAAAUGUGAGCACUACAUUGGCACAGAGGGAGGGGGCAUGGACCAGUCCAUCUCAUUCCUGGCAGAGAGAGGAACUGCAAAGCUGAUCGAGUUCCAGCCUCUGCGGGCCACUGAUGUGAAGCUCCCAGAUGGGGCCGUGUUUGUGAUCUCCAACUGCUGUGUGGAGAUGAACAAAGCUGCUUCUUCUCACUUCAACAUCCGAGUAGUGGAGUGUCGAAUCGCCACAAAGAUGCUGGCCCAGGCGCGGGGCCUAGACUCGGGCGGGUUGCUGAAGUUGGCCCAGGUUCAGAUGGAGCUGAAAGCCUCCCUGGAGGAGAUGCUGGCUCUGGUGGAUGAGGUGUUGCAUCCUGAGCCGUACAGCCGAGAGGAGAUCUGCAAGGCCCUGGGAAUCACCUGCGAGCAGUUUUCCACAGAGCUGCUGAGCGCUAACACUCAGCAUGUGAUGCAUUUCAAGCUGCACCAGCGAGCCACCCAUGUGUACGGUGAGGCUGCACGGGUGCUGCGCUUUAAGAGCGUGUGCGACUCUGAACCUGCCGAAUCCAUACGGCUGCUUGGAGACCUGAUGAACCAGAGCCAUGCAAGCUGCAGAGACCUGUACGAGUGCAGCUGCCCCGAACUGGAUCAGCUGGUGGACAUCUGUCUGAAGUCGGGGGCUGUGGGCUCCCGGCUGACGGGAGCAGGUUGGGGCGGUUGUGCUGUCUCCAUGGUUCCCGGUGAGAAGGUGGAGUCUUUUUUACAAGCAGUGAGGGAGGCCUACUACCUCCCUGAUCCACGAAGAGCAGCGAUGGAAAAACAGAGUUUGUUUGUGUCAAAGCCGGGAGGGGGAGCUGCAAUUUUCCUUGAGGAGUGAAAUGCAUCAUCCGUGUCGGUUUUUGCGGCUAUCAUUCAAUUUGAAACAUACUGCUGCGGGUAAAUAAAUUACAUUUUUUACACUUAAAAUUGAGGCAGAAGGAACUUGCAUAUAAUAAAUAAUACUACAAAAUGUAAACCUUACUGUGUUCCAUUUUACCUCUUUACUCUUACAAAUUAUUCUGGAAUUUAAGGACCAAACAAUGGUGAAUUAUUUCAUAGAAAGGGAAAAUGCUUUUUUGUGUUAAAACAUGUUUUUUUAAAAUCACGUGUUAAUCAUGGAUUUUUGUAAUACGUUGAUUUUGUAUUGCUAAUUCACUUUUCACCUCUGAAAAGAAACAAUGUCAAAUAAACUAAUAAACAAUA